AUGCUAUCAAGAUAUAACGAUCAAUAUAAAGAUAUUUACAGAGCCACAAAGAAAGAAUAUGACAGAUUAUUAGUUAAGGAAAAAGCUAACAAGUAUGACGCAAGAGUGAAAUCAUCUGAUAACAAAAUGAAGUGUUUAUGGUCAAUCUGCAAGGAAACAACUGGUAAAAAUUCCCCAAAGGAUGAUUGUUUUAUAGAUCAAGACCCACUAGUUCUAGCAAAUGAAUUCAACAAUCACUUAAUCAGUGUUGUGCCAAAUAUAUUGUCCAGUAUUAGGAAAGUACCAUUCAUCUGUAACAUAAGUGAGAACAAUGAGUCAAUGCGACUGAAAUCUGUGAAUAUAGAGGAAAUUCAAAAAAUUGGUCAAAGUCUAAAAAAUAAACAUAGCAGCGGUGUGGACGAGGUUCCAACAUCUAUAGUAAAAUUCUGUUUGAAAUAUGUUGAUGAUAUCUUGUGCUAUAUCAUUAACAAUUCGCUAAAAUAUGGGAUCUUCCCAGACAGGCUGAAGUUGGCAUUUAUUAAACCAAUCUACAAAAAAGGAGAUCACUCUGAUUUGAAUAAUUAUAGACCAAUUAGCUUACUGCCAGCUUUUCAAAAGUAUUUGAAACAAUAG